AGGCGGUCACCGGAUCGCAGUACGUCCGGGCACGGCGUGCGACCUCUACGACCAGGCACGACCGCACCUUCCUUCCUUCCUUCCGGCACUCAUGCCAACCGCGGUUAAAAAGAAGCGACCGCGCUUCAUUUCUGACCGGACUGCGACUGACACAUCGCGCGCGGACGGACACACGGAGCGAUGGCGCGCGAGGAGCCGGUGACGGGAUGGUCUAUCCCGGUACGAGAUAGAGUAGGCCGAGGCGAGGCCCUGGAGGGAGGAGGGCUAUUCCACAGUACCGUACCGUAUCCUGGGGUGUAUGUACAGUAUCUAAGGAGAGGUCCGAGGGUCUGAGCGAGCACUCAGGUCAGCGCGGGAGCAUUGAGAGCGUUGCUUGUCUUGUUUGGAGUGGACACCCGCGCGCCGCCUAGCUACGCUGCAGCAGCAGAUCAGUCUCUGCCGGGGGGGGGGGGGGGGGACUUCGGUGCGGCAACCGCUCGGCUUUUCGCGAGAUCUGCCUCGCGCACCGACCAGCUCGGCCGAGCAGCAUCCGGACCUUGCUUCCCCCCCCUUCCAUCAUCAAUCUAUCUAUCUCUCUAUCCCCGACCCCGCGCCCUUCUUCCCCCUGCCUGUGAGCCGAAAGCAUUCUAUUCUUCCUUCUUCUAUUCCUCUUCCUCUUCCUCUCCUUCGUUCCUUCUGCUUGCCGGUUGUCGACUGGACGGCAGUCGGUCGCCCGGUCGCGCGCGCUGUCUGCGUGCGCGGCUCGCUUGCCACCCUUGGCGGGACAGGUUCUUCGAGACGCUGGAGGCCUGUCCGAGAGCUCGCGCUCGCUGUCUGCGCGCGGUCUGCUCGCAGCCUCGGGGCCGAGUGUGCGAGUGACAUGGGCACCCGCGACGCUAUUUACACAGAGAGAAGCUCGGAGCAUUGUCACUGGCGUCCGGACAGUCUGGCUCGCCUUCUUCGUCAGCUCACUUCACUCUCUCCCCGUGUGCGAUUCUGUGCGUAUUCGAGCGAGUGAGCGAGCGAGUCCAGUCCAGUCCAUUGUUGCGGUAGCGGAAUCCGAUCAGACAGAUCAUUUGCCUUGUCGUUCUCCAAACUAUUUGAAUCCACAGUUUCUGUCGUCAACGCUCAUUCCCCUCGAUGAUGAACAGAGAAUGCAGCUUCAUAGACCUUGGUCGCAAAGAAUAAUCUGUUGAUUUUAAUUGAACCCCGCCCUCAGCCCCGCCACUCAGUCAGCCACAGCCACCCAGAGAGAGAGAGAGAGAGAGAGAGAGUGAGAGAGUGAGAAGAGAGAGAACGAAGAGAGCGCUGGAGAAAGCUGCACUGACGUCGACAAAUUCGAGUUGAGUGCAAUUGCGUCCACAUGUGUCGCAUAACACGUCCUACAUUUUAAAUUUCACUACGGCGGACACGUUCGAAGACGAUUGGGAAAAAGUGCAGCGGAAGUGACGUGAGAUACAAGUCUCGGAGUGAGGAAAAGGAAGGAUCCUUCUCCUUCUGCUUCUUCUUCUUCUAAUACUUCUUCUUCACGGUGAGCGUGAGCGGGCGAGGCUCAUGAUAUCAGAAAUUCUGAUUUCCUUCCCCGAGAAUUUCCAUCACGAGCAGAUUCCUUCGUUUUGGCAAUCGCCAUUCACCAUACUGUAGUGUGCACGGUGGAUCAGAUUCAGCCCAACCAGUUCAGCUGUUCAGCAGGUGCUUGAAUCCUCAGCGGAACAACAAUCAGCAGCAGCAGUUGUUGCAGAAGAAGAAGAAUCCGCCACCACCAUGUUGAGUCCGCGACGAGAAUCUCACGCGAUCGAGAAACCGUCGUCGAGCAAUGGAAGCAGUGCCGCCACUCGCAGGGACUGGUCGCACCUCCCGGCAUCGACUCCCGGCACCGUACGCGUCAUCCACAUCUUCGCUCCCAAGGUGAUUAAAACGGAUGUGGCCAAUUUCAGAGAGCUGGUGCAGAAGCUCACGGGCAAGUCGAAACGGAGUGGGAGUGGCAGCGGCAGCGGCAGCGGCAGCAGGAAACGAGCCCUCAAGACCAAAUCGCUGACCUCGAUAUCAUCCGAUGGAACUUUCUCCAGCUCUGCAGAUACGAAUACCAUUCAAUCCUCCGCAGCCGCCGAGACCUGCUCCGAGGCGUCGACCAGGUCGUCGAAUUCGGCCUCUCACGUUGCAGACAGUCACAGCGACGUGAUGGCCAAAUCUGCACUCCUCUUCUCAUCCAACGAGUCGUCCACGACAUCUGACAACACCUGCAAGCCCCUCGGACUACCCUCUUACUUCGGCUCCUCACACCCUCAUCAGAAUCACCAUGGGCUACCAGCGGAAAACUCAGCUGCAUUCUUCAGGUCCCAGGCGUGCAGUGCUGGGAGUCGCAAUUCCAGAAGCAGCAGCCACAGUCAGUCUCGAGUCAUGGUGGAUCCGAUGCAAAGCUUGAGCGGAUACAAGGACAAUUGGUCGUCGCUGCAGGCGAGCUGCUUCAAUUUCAGCUCGAAUGCUCAGAAUCCAGCCUCGGUGCCGCAACAGCCCACACCAAUUCAGAGCCAGAAACGUCAGGCGGGUGCUUACAAUAUGUCUCAGAAUACCAAUGGAUUCAGCGACAUGGACAUUCUCACAGGCUUGGUUUCUCCGGGACCUGUACCGGAGUUCUCGUUACCUCCUCCUCUCAUCAACAACAAUAACAGCCACAACCACAACCUCAUCAUCAACGGCAUCAACAAUAACAGCUCAGUACCGACUUCUGAGCAUUUCCUGCUGUCGAAUCAUCCGAGUCUCUGUCGAAUGUCAGUGCAAUCUCUUGUUUGCGGAUCAGUGAGUCCGUUUGAGCACUUCUAGCGGUGGGGUGAAAAUGGCCGCGAGCCACGAAAAGGGCCCAGGAUUGGCAUGUUGGUUUUGUCACAUUAGACAGAGACGGAGUGAGAAGGAGGGAGUGAGAGGCGGGGACAUAGAGAGGUAGAGAUGGUGCCGGCCAUGCCACAUUACCAUGAUCUCUUUGGAGACUGCAGGUAGCAUUUCACGAUCACGGUGUUCGAGAAAUCGAACAUGAGAUAGAAUUCUGGCUAGCUAGCUUAGUCCCACGAGCAUUUGGUUCAGACCAGCAACCGCGAUCAAAAGCUUAAUCAAUCGAAGGGUGAGUCGACUCCUUCCGGCCAAGGGGAGUGAUUCUCUGAUCUGGAGAGUCUGAUGGGACAGGACGGUGCUCGGAGCUCUGACUAAAGCUUCAGCUGCAUGAGCCAGCGAGUGACCAUCACAGCAAGUGGCCAGCAUCUUUCGGCAAAUGAGGACUGAAUUUCGGGGACUUGCUAUGACAAAUCUUACGUUCGAAAUUCGGCAUGUUCUCUUCCAGUCGUAGGACAUGUUCCAAGUCCUCAUGAUCUUCCUGGCCAGAGGUUCUGGGGGAGAGAGGCAUGGAGAUGUUGCCUACUCACGAAAGUGCAGACACCGUCGCGCAUGGGCAUGAAGGUGUCUGUCUAUUUUAAGAAUCACCACCUCCACCACAGCAAGCAAACCGUCUCCUCACUUGUUAGAAUCAUCAUUUCACUUUUCUCUCUAAAUCAGUGUGUGUAUGUAUGAGAGGGAGAGAGAGAGAGCUAAGAUUGCUGUCACAUGUGCACGUAGCUAUGCACAUGCUUGAUUCAGCAAUCCAUCAGUUAGAAGGAAGGAGACAAGGACAAGGACCUCCACCCACUUAGCUCUCUUCUCUCAGUCAAAAUCACGAAGCGAAGGAAUCGUAGGCGUUCCGAGCCUGGCUAUGAGCAAGAUGUGAACAGAUAGCAGCAGCUGCAGUGCGAUUGGAUGCAUAACCGAUUGCUUGAUGCAAGCUUGAGUAAAUACAGAUUUAGACCAACCACCUUUGCAAUGGGUGCGGCCUGUUUUGCUUCUCCGAGUUGCUAAAUUUUAGCAGUUUAAUAAAGAUAGCUGCUAGACACAUCGCAAAUUCAUCAUCUGGAUCUGCGAGUACGCUCGUACGCUGUAUUACAUUCUUCUUUGAACUAUCGAUUU